AUGGGCCUCCCGCCGCUCCUCGGCGCCCCACUCCGCCUCGCGCGGCGCGUCAUCGGCUUCCCGAUGCGCCUCGUGAACCGCGCGCGCGGGAUCGGCGGCGGCGCCGCGGACCCGAACCGAUGGCUGGUCGUCGGCCUGGGCAACCCCGGAUCGAAGUUUACGCGCACGCGUCACAACGCCGGAUUCGACGCCGUCUCCCUCCUCGCUUCCGCGCACGGGAUGUCCUUCACCGGCGCUUUGAAGCACAGAAGCAUGAUAGCCACGGGGAAGAUCGCGAACGUCCCGGUCGUCCUCGCGAUGCCGCAGACGUUCAUGAACCUCAGCGGCGAGGCGAUCCGCGACGUCCUCCGCUGGUACAAGAUCUCUCCAAAAAGAAUGCUCGUGCUCUACGACGACAUGGACUCCCCGGUCGGGGUCGUCAAGCUGAAAGGCAAGGGCGGCCACGGCGGCCACAACGGCGUGCGGAACAUCAUCGACGAGGUCACGCGCGGGGAGAAGACGUUCGCGCGCGUGAAGAUCGGCAUCGGGCGGCCCGCCGCGGGCGUCUCCGUGAUCGAUCACGUGUUGCGGCGAUUCACGGCGGAGGAGCGGGAAGCGUUGGAACGCGGCGAGGUCAUGCGGGAGGCUGGGGACGCGGUCGUCGCGGUGCUGACGGACGGGUUGGAGAAGGCGAUGACGCGCGUGAACAAUAAGAAGCCGGCGGCGAAGGUGGGGGGGGAGGUGGGCGGGGAGGAUAGGGAGAAGGCUGCGGUCGCGGCGGCGGCGGCGGAGUAG